AUGCCCCCGCCCACCCCGACCGCGCCCCAGUGCUUCCUCCAAAUCCUCGUCAACUGCGACAACUUCCGUCUCCCACCGCCCACCGCCCAGUCCACAGAGCCCCUCGUCCCCUGGCUCCUCUUCCCCUCCCCCACCUCCCCCGCCGUCGGCCUCCUCCGCCCAGAUAUCGUCGCCCAGCUCCGCAGCGAGAACGCGUCCUCUCCCUCUCCCUCGUGGCACUUCUCCGACCCCGCGCUCGAACAGGGCACCAGCGCGCGGGGGUGGGUCAGCUUCGCGCGCGGCAUCGACACCCCCGCAGCGCGCUCGCGCGUCAUGAAGGAGCUCUGCGAGCGCUGGCGCGACGCCGGGCUCUGGCCGGACGAAGUGGGCCCGCGCAAGUGGCGCGCGGAGCUCUACCCCAUCUACCGCGACCCAUUCGGGCCGCGCGACUACCCGAGCGAAGAGGGGCCCGCAGACGGGGAGGGCGACGCGCUCAACUACGCGUUCGAGAUGGAGCGUGCGGCGAGCGGGCUCUUCGGGAUCGUCACGUACGGCAUACACAUGACGGUGUACGAGGACGUGCGCGCUGCGGAUGGCACGGUCGUGGACUAUAACGUGUGGGUGCCCAGACGGGCGGCGACGAAGCAGACGUGGCCGGGCUACCUGGACAACAGCGUCGCAGGGGGCAUCGAGGCGGGCAUGAAGGUCUUCGACUGCGUGGUGAAGGAGUCGAUGGAGGAGGCGAGCAUCCCUGCGGACGUGGUGAGGAGGCACGCGAAGGCGGCAGGGAGCGUCAGCUAUUUCUUCAGGACUCCGCGGGGAUGGCUGCAGCCGGAGAUUGAGUACGUGUAUGACCUCUGUCUCCCGCCUGGCUCGGGCGUGAAGCCUGAACCACUGGAUGGCGAAGUCGAGUCCUUUGAGCUUCUUCCGCUCUCAGUAGUGAUCGAGCACAUCCGGACCGGGCUCUUCAAGUACAACUGCGCUACAGUGCUCAUAGACUUCAUGGUGAGGAAGGGCAUCAUCACGCCCGACAACGAGCCGGACUACCAGGAGAUCGUCACCCGUCUGCACGGGCGUUUCGACCAUGAUAGGUGGACAUCAGGCCUGCAUUAG